AGUGUUCUGGUUUUGGUUUUUGUGGAGAAGUCGCUGAGAAGUAGCGAUUGGUGGUGCCCUCUGGUUGCAAAUCUGUCAUUUCAGAAUAGUGAAUAGAGUUUCGUGACGCCCAUCUGGUUGGUGCUGGCAUGAUUUUAGUACGUGUGUGCAUCUUGAAAUUACUAUUAACGGUGUUCUGCGUUCUUGAAAGACGAAAAGUGUUUGAAAAAUACGAGGAAAGUCGGCACACUUUUAUUUACUGUGAACCGUUUAACGUGGGGCAGAUAAUUUGUCUGCUUUGCUAGUUCACCACAUAAUUAGGUUAGGAGUGAGAGGAGAAAGAAAACGAUCUCUUAAUUGGAACACAGAAGGGCAGACAAAGGAGUAACACAAACAAGUUGCACACGAGGAUUCUCGUGUUGCUGGGUUAACGCAUUCGGAUUAUGAAAUAAUGGAUGUUUUGAGUAUAGUUUACAACUCUGCGAGGGAUGGAAGACUCAGGCGACUCAAGGCGUUUCUGGAUCACCGACCAAAAGAUGAGGUAGGACAAAUAGUUGGCGCCAAAACUCAUGGCGCCACCCCUUUGGUAAUGGCAUGUCGAAAUGGACAUUACGAUGUGGCAGAGUAUCUCAUUGAAAAAUGUGGAGCAGAUGUUGAACAACCAGGAUCUGUGGUUUUUGAUGGGGAAACAAUAGAAGGAGCACCACCAUUAUGGUGUGCUGCUGCAGCUGGUCAUCUUUCAGUAGUAAAACUUCUGGUGAGAAGAGGUGCCAAAGUCAAUUCUACUACAAAAACGAAUUCGACGCCACUAAGAGCUGCCUGUUUCGAUGGAUAUUUUGAAAUCGUUAAAUUCCUGGUCCAACAUGGUGCAGACAUUGAAGUGGCAAACAGACAUGCCCAUACUUGCCUGAUGAUAGCCAGUUAUAGAGGUCACAUAAAAAUUGCAAAGUUCCUACUCUCCCUGAAAGCAGAUGCCAACCGAAAGUCAGUUAAAGGGAACACGGCUUUGCACGAUUGCGCUGAAAGCGGUUCCCUGGAGAUUCUGAAGGUCCUCGUCGAACAUGGAGCCCGGAUGGAUGUUGACUCCUACGGAAUGACUCCGCUUUUAGCAGCAGCCAUAACAGGUCACACACACAUAGUCGAACACCUCGUGGGGAUGCCGCAUUUAGUUUCUCGAAAGGAAAGAAUAGACGCCCUCGAGCUUUUAGGUGCCACCUAUGUUGAUAAGAAGCGAGACAUGAUCGGCGCCCUAGAAUUCUGGAAACGAGCCAUGGAAGAAAGAUACCGAGGAGACGGUCCCGUGAUACAAAAACCGGCUCCUCCGUCUGGAGUCGCAGCCUACGAUUUUGCCAAGGAAAUCUCCGAUCCAGAAGCAUUGGAUGAGUUGCUUGCAGAUCCCGAUGAGAUGAGAAUGCAGGCUCUGGUGAUCAGAGAACGGAUACUUGGACCAGCCCAUCCGGACACUAGUUACUACAUCCGAUAUCGAGGAGCUGUUUAUGCGGACGCUGGCAAGUUCAAUCGGUGCAUCGAGCUCUGGAAUUAUGCCCUCGAUAUGCAACAAAGCAUGCUUGAGCCUCUCAAUCCGAUGACUCAAGGAUCUCUCUUUAGUUUUACGGAGCUUUUCAGUUUUAUGAUCGGUGACGAAGGAAAGCAAACGAGCAGAGGGCGCAGGGUGCCUCCUGUUCAAAGGGAAGACCUAAUAAGAGUCUUCAAGAAAGCGGUACUAGAGGUUAAAUUAGGCAAACAGAUGUUGGACAAAAUACCAACGUGCGAACGUGAUUUGACCUACUUAAAUCGCGUUUUAGUCAUCACUCUUCAUCUCGCUUGUCUGCUAACUCGGGAAACUCCGAAAGUUGAAUCUGAAGAUCAUACGGAGUUGCACAGAGCCAUUUAUGAACUUGUGAAAAUCAACGCCAAGGGCAAACAGGGUCGGGAUGCAUUGCAGCUGACUCACAGUAAGGACGCUGCUCUCGUCGGUGGUUAUCCUGCCUGUGAAUUUCCAUCGCAACACCUAACCCAGGCUCUUUUAAAAGUCGGUGCCGACGUGACUGCAAGGGAUUCUGAUGGUAAUACAGCUCUACACCUCGCAGCUCUUUCACAGCCAUGGCGUACCGAUUUGGCGACAACUUUACUCGAAGCCGGAGCUCAUCUGGAUGCCGUGAAUAACGAGGGCAAAACCUUCGAAAUGCUCUUAAACGACAAGACUCGAUUUAACUCCGUGAAUCCUCUCAAGUACACAAGCCUCACUUGUCUUGCAGCUAGAGUCGUUUGGAGAACCCAGCCAAUCGACAGGGUUCCAAAGCAUCUUCGGAAUUUCGUUCAAAUGCACUAGCAAAACGUGCAGUGUCUUGAUAGCUAAUUUCUGCCGUGAAACAGCAGUGAUUUUAUUAUUUUACUUAUCUGCGACUUCACCACGUAUCUCCCCAACGAACUCAGUUCAAGUAGAGGGAUACAUUAAUAAAAUAUGAAAAUUUAAAGAUCAUUUUUUAAUUUAGCAAUGAGGCAGUAGGAUUCUAGUUUUCAAAACACCUCGUGCGUCGUUUCUCUCUCAUUUUCGAGUGAAGAACUGCGAGUCUUCGAAAAGACUGGACUAUUAAUUGCGGUCGUGGCUGAAAAAUCUAGACCUUGAGUAUAUCGUGCGAAGCAUCGACUUUAUCUAAGGGGUAGGUACAUAAUUUAGAAUUUUGAUGUAUAAAGAUUACAAGAAAAUGCAAAUCAAUGCAAACGAUUGCUAGUUGACAUGAUUGUACACUUUUAAAUGUGAAGCUGAAGAAAUAACAAUUUUAACCCAAGCACCUUUCAGUGAAUUCAAAUGUUUAUAAUUGGAAAUGUGUUCAGUUCAUAACACUAACAUUUUAAAAUUUGACAAAUAUUUAUAAAUGCUUACAUUUUUAAUUAUUACACUUUUGCGAUUGCAACGGCUCAAUUUGGUACACGUGUGAUGUAGAAAUGUUAAAUUUUGUAUGUUGCCAGGUUAGAAAUUUAGACAUUAUGUUUGACAGCUUUAAACGUGAGUUAAAAUUUUUUUUUCGAUUUUCGAAAUCUUUAAUUAAAAAAAGAAAUUUAAUCUAAAAUGAUGAAAAUUGAAAACAGUUCCUAGCAAAGCUAAAGCUAAAGUUGUGUAAUUUGUCUAUCCCUAGAGUUUGUUUUCACUCUUAGCGAAUUAUCUUCUGGUAUGCUUGUUUUUUUUUCAUCUUUUAAAUCAUUUUUGUAUGUUUGUCUUUUUUUAAUCAGCCCACUAUAAUUUAUUUCAGAAUAGGACUCGGCUCCUCUGUACCACUGUAUACACGAUACAUGCGUUUUGUGUAUAUCAAUGCCUCCAGUCAAUAUGAGCCUAUCUGCUGCCAGCGCCGUGUAUGAGACUAUUCACAAUUCUUAUGCACAGUGUAUAGUUUCAUUAAGCUGUCAGCAGAUACUAGUUUUGCAUUGAGGCGUCGAUAUGUAUGUCCUUUCUUCAUUAUUGUGAAUUAUCAAUGAACGCAUGCCUACAAAACUCUUUAAAAUGUUCUCGACGACGAUGCAAAUUUAAAUAACGAAUAGGGUAUGGGGUAUUUAACGGGACUGUAUGCUCGCCUAUGCAUAAAUUCUACGAUAUUGAUACUUAAUCAACGGUCUCGGAAGUGUAUCUCAAAUUUAAAGUCGUAUACUUCUGCAGUUUGGAAAAUAUGUUUCAUUCAGGAACAGUGAGCGGUUUAAUGACUGGACGAUAAUAAUUAUAAGCAUGCUACGAUCCAUUGAGUGAAUAAAAAAAAGUGAUCAAUAUUUGUGUGCACCAAUUCGCUCAAUUAAUGUUGGAAAUGUUGAUAAACGAAUCGAAGGACGAAUCGACACUACGAAAAAUUUAUCUUCGAAUUGGAAAAGGAAGACGCCCUUAAUAUUUGCGUGACACUGAUACCUUGAUUUGAAAUGUGAUAAAACAAACAUAGAUAUAAAUAUACACAUACACAUUAUUAUAUAUAAAAAUGCGCGCAGUGUUCCGUAAGUAAGGUACGUUUUUCUUUUUUUGUAAAGAUCGGAUAUUAUUGCCAGAAUCCGUCGACAAAAACAUUCGAUGAAAUCAAAUGUUUGUAGGGAAAUUUUAUUAUAUUAUUAGAGUUUCCGGCCUUUACAGACAGAAUAGUACCUUGCUACAUUUAGUCCAAUCGAACUGUUUUAUAAUGUAAAGAUUGUGAAAAUAUAAGUGCGAUGAAAAAUUA